CGUACUGUUACGUCCUCGUCUUUAUUUCAGCCUUUUUCGUAGGAAAACAAAAGCCAGUUAACGUUUAAAGUCCGUAAAUUAGCGCUGGAAAUCAGUGCCGUUACACGAGCUGCAACUGUACACCAGACCAGCAGAGCAAAAUCCAAUAUUACGCGGCAAAUUUUAAGGUCCAUCAGCCCUCCUAAUGGUACAUCAGCAUUAAGGGUACUUCCACAUUUCCUAAGGAUGGCUAGUUGUGGGGAGGUAGACCACUCUGUGAGCUCACUUCCAUCCAGUAAAAAAGGCAGCAACAAUGGUGGUGGAAGUGGGAACAGUGCAGAAUCAUCAUGCUCUGGCUCCAGCAACUCAUCCCCAGCCCUGUCUGUACCGGAGUGUGCCAUAUGUCUACAGAGCUGUGUCCACCCAGUCCAGUUGCCAUGCCAUCAUGUCUUCUGUUUCCUGUGUGUGAAGGGAGCAUCCUGGCAGAGCAAACGCUGUGCUCUCUGCAGACAGGAAGUACCUGAUGACUUCCUGGAAAGGCCUACACUUCUCUCUCCGGAGGAGCUGAAAGCAUCAGCAGGAGGUCGUGGUGGGGCAGCAAGUGAUCACGCCUGGUAUUAUGAAGGCCGUAAUGGUUGGUGGCAGUAUGAUGAACGAACCAGCCGUGAGCUGGAGGACGCUUUCUCCAAAGGCAAGAAAACAGCUGAAAUGCUGAUUGCUGGAUUUUUGUAUGUAGCUGACUUAGAAAACAUGGUGCAGUACAGGCGUAAUGAGCACGGUCGUAGACGCAAGAUGAAGAGAGACGUUUUGGACAUCCCCAAGAAGGGAGUGGCUGGACUGCGUUUGGACACUGAGGGUGUUCCUGGGGCUAUUGGGGCUGCAGGUCGAGAAAACUCUGCUGAUGGGGCUGAUACCUCAGUAGCAGGUGUACAGCAGCAGGUUACAGGUGCUCAGCCUACUGUUACAGCGCCUCUAGCCACUGCCAGACCCCCCACCUCCCUUGGUGGUCAGGCUGGCAGCAGCAGCAGCCCCACUGUGGAGGAUGCUCUGUCCCAGCUGCAAAUCAGCCUCAGACCCACACCUUCUCAUGAGCGGUCUGAGGCAGGGGAAGGGGAAGAAGAAGAUGAGGAAGAGGAGGCCUCACCCUCCAGGUCCUCUGACCCUCACACCUCUGUGGAUGAGUCUGGUUCUGGCGACUGGAGCGAUGAUGAGGAAGAGGAGGAUGAAGAAGAGGAAGGGGGAGAUGGAGAGCGUGCGGAGCCCUGGGAGGGGAGGCCACGAAGGCAAAGACUGAAUCCAGAGGACAGAGCCCCUCCUGGUGCAGAGUCCGCCUCUCCCCCUUCAUCCAGUAGCAGCGGAAGGUCCAGAAUGCCUGAUGGCCAGUGUACAGUGACUGAAGUGUGAAGUCAUUGUUCAUACCAUCAUCACCAAACGGCCAUGUUCCAUUUCAUUAAUUUAUUCCUCUCUCUACGCUGUCGUUCACUCUGUCACAGAUCAGAUGUGGGAGGAUUGUUUGAGUAAUCAAGCAUAACAUACUCCCAUGUUUUUAGGUAAACAACUCAAUUUUAGCAAUCAAAUGUGGUGCCUCUUUUGGGCUCACCAUGAUCUGGAUGUAUCUGUAUGAUUUGUUUGUCUCUCUCAUCCAGUAUGUAACCAGCCGGUAGAAGCAGUGUUGACUUUUAUGUUCUAACACUGAGUGUUCUAGUACAGAGACAGGAGGUGCAGUUUGGUAAACAGCCAGAUGGAUACAGCAUGUUGUUGUGAGCCAUGAAAUCUCAGAAUUGUAUAUCCAGCACAUCAUGUGAAGUAGGUGCAUCAGACUUAUCGUGGUGUUCAGCUGCCAUCGGUCUGCUCACUUUUGGCCAUUUGGUUGUAGGCAUAUCACGUCUGUUCUUUUUAAAUUCUGGAAAAGUGGCAGUUAGAAGGCAAAAAUGACUGAUUCUUAGGCAUUCUUAUGGUAAAAUUUAUUAUCCUAAUACCCAGAGGGUAUCAGCCAGAUUUGUGAAGUGCAACAGAAAAAGCAUAAAUGGGGAUGUUAGUCCUGUAAAUGAAUCUGUGUCUUUAUCAUUAUCAUCAGCAGCUGCAUUGUAAUCAUCUACACUUUAACUCUCUCAGCUUACAUAGCACGCAGAAAGCUCAAGUUAUCUACUAGCCUUGCAAAGAAUUCUUCGUAAAUCCCAGUCCUUCGUAACUUGUUCCCAACUUCCAUGUAAAAGAUUUUCUUACUUAGGAUUGACCUGAUUAUGAAGCUUUUCCUUCAAAAAUCUGUGAUAUAAAUGUUAACUUUUGGAAAUGUGUAAUUUCAGAGCAGAUUGUGGUUUGAUGAAAAGCUUCAGGUUGUUCAUCCAGAAAAUUUAAGAAAGUAGACAGAAGUACUUGAUGAUAUUCUUAAGUCAUAUGGCUAUUUAAAUUUCCCACUUAAUCUGUUACAACUUAGCAGUUCAGCUCAGGAGCCCCAGGAUUAUGUGGCUCCAUGCCUAAGGGGUUAUGUUUUGAUUUUGAUUUUGAAACUGCAACUUUUUGUAAUUUGAAAAUCUGUGGAUAUUGCAACUACUGUUUAAAAGAAUGUGCGUAAUAGAAGUACAUAUCAAAUAUAUUUUAAACUUCCCCAGUUAGAAUUAAUUGGCAUUUUAAUGUGAAGUAUGAGUGUUUUCUUUUUUAAAGCUAUUGAGGCUUCUGCAGCCUCAUUAGUAUUCCUAUUGUCCCUGACUAAAGUAUUCUCAAUUGGUGUUUCGUGAUUUGUGCAUGUUUGAAGAGAGAGUUAUAUAAACACUACUGGUUGGCAGGAUGUUGACAAAUUAUAUUUUUGGGUUGAGUUUGAGUACAUGUUUUUAAUUUGUGUUUCUUAUGGCUGUAAAUCCUCUUGUGAUGUCUGAAGCAGUAAGAGAACAAGAACAUGCCAUUGCUAUUGGCCAUCCUGCAGAGAUUUCAUGUUGUUGUUUUUAUAUUUCUUACAUGCUUACAUCAUCAGCUCAGUCUGAGACUUCCCAUUCUGACAAAUAAAGUUUGUGUAACAGUUUUUGCUUGGCAAUGUUUUUGUUACAUGGUUUGUAAUUUAAAAAUAAAUUGUGUCAUUUCAUCAUCCUAA